UCANACAAGAAUUUUCAAUCCUCCGUAGCAGGAGUCAAAAAUAAACAGAAAUUACGAAUAGAGCGUAAUGUUGUGAAGACACAGGAAGUUGAGGAGGAAGCGGUUUUUAUUAAAGAGGAACCUAUGGAAGAUUACACAGAUUCAAAUAUUUUGGAUGAGUCAGAUGAAAGAGUUUUGAACUUCUUUCAAAACGCGACUUUUGAAGAGCUGAAAUUCCUUAAUACCAACCCAGACAAAGGACAUGACGUUGCUGAAAAAAUUUACGGCUUAAGGCCGUUUGCGAAUUGGUCGGAUUUGGAACUCCAGUUAAAGAAAAGUUUUCCUCAUGAUAUGGUAGCAAUUGCUAAAGAAAUGUUUAAUGUACAGUUAAAGAUUGAUCAAAUAUUGGAAAGAACGAAAACAAUAUCGGAAGAUGUUAAAAAGGCUCUACAAAAGACUUCUGUUGUUACGCUUCAGCCGAAACAGCUUUUAUAUUUAUUAAAAAAAUGUCAAGUGGAUGUUCUAAAUUGGAUGAUGGUGAUUCAUAAAGAAAAUGUUAAUGGAAUUUUAAAUUACCCAUUAGGAUCAGGUCGAAUGCUUCAACUAAUUGCCUUUUUUUCAUUAUUGAAGGAAAGAAAAAGAAACAUAAAUGGCUUGCCACAUUUGGUUAUUGUACCUUCCAAUAUUGUAGAUAAUUGGGUCGAAGCAUUCAAACGGUAUUGUCCGUCAAUGAAGGUGUUCGUUUAUCAUGGUUCAAAAGAAGAAAGAACUGGUCAUAGGCUGAAAUUUUAUAAAGGCGAACUGUAUAUGUAUGAUGUGAUACUGACAACAUACACAGUGGUGGUUCAUAUAGCAGACGAGAGGGAAGUAUUUAGAUCAAUGACAACUGACUACGUCGUCUUUGAUGAGACAGAUACAGCAAAAAAUAUCAAUAUACAGUUGUACGAUAAUUUAAUUAAAACCAGGGCGUUGAGAAGGCUGCUAAUAACCACUGGUUCUCUACAGGGAAACCCCUUAGAGCUUAUGUCGGUGUUAUAUUUUAUAAUGCCCUCUAAACUUCUCGGCGACUGUUAUUUAUCAGAACGUUCUUUGCAGAAAGCACUUAGAGGUCAUUUGUUAGAAGGAGAAUUUACAAUUUAUGAAAAGAAAGUGAUCGAUGAAGUGAAUGAAAUCCUGGAACCAUUUAUUUUGCAAAAUCUACAGGAAGAAAAAUUAGGCGAUAUGUCCCUUUUUGUUGAUACUUCUGUUGAAUCAACAAGUGCAAUUAAAGAAGAAAAUACUUACUUAGAGGACGAUGAUGAUUUAGUUGAUACAGCUGACUAUGUUCAAUUCGAAUCGGUUGAAAUGAACGAGAGUUAUAGUGCCAGUAAAUCAUCAAUCACUAAAAAUCAACAAAAAGCAAGUCCUGAUAAAGUUGUUAUAAAGAAAGAAGUUAUUGAAGGGGAUGAUAGCGAAUGGAACCCAUAUGCAUUGGAAGAUAACACAGGUGAUAGUGUCUCAGAUUUUGAUUCCGAUUUUGAAACUGUUAAAAGAAGAAUUUCCCCUCGGAGAAAGUUUUCCACAUCUACUUCAUCAAAACGAAAACGGAAGUCAAAGUUUUCUGCCGAAGAUGUCAAUACACCUUAAUCACUCAAAAUAAAGAACUUAAAAGCUACUUCGGUGAAAAUGCGAGCUUUUAAAUUCAGUUUAAAAUAGAAAA